AUGUCACAAACACCACCAGUGUCUAGUACACCAAAGCUAUCUGCUACAUUCAGAACAUCCAGUUCUGGUCUUCUGAUGGAGAAAAGACGUCAGGAACAAGAACAUACAACAACAACUUCCACAUCAACUGGAAGUGAUCCAGUGGUCAAUCAUCUGACUUUGAAUGACUUGUCAAACCCACCAACUGAUGAGGAAUUGAAGAACUAUAAGGACUUGCCAUCCAACCAGUUGCCACCAAUCCACAAGAGAGAGAUGCUAAAGAGGAUCUUUGUCAACCGUGAUCUUAAGUUGGAGCGCAUGGAGUUCUUUGGCUUUGACAUGGACUACACGAUCGCCGUGUACAACUCGCCAGACUUUGAGGAGCUGGCCUACAACAUGGUGAUCGACCGUCUCAUCCAGCAGGGUUACCCCGCCUCGAUCAAGAAGUUGAGGUACGACCCCGAGUUCCCCAUCCGUGGCCUGUUCCUGGACAAGGAGCUGGGCAACCUGCUCAAGAUCGACAGCUUUGGCAACAUCACCAUCUGUGUGCACGGAAAGCGCACGCUCAGCAAGAACGAGACGAUCGAGUUCUAUCCCAGCAUGAGGGUCAACGCCGACGACAUUGGCCGCAGGUUCUACCUGCUCAACACCCUGUUCACGCUGCCCGAGGCGUCGCUCUACAGCGACCUCGUGGAGUUCCUCGAGAAGGAGAGCGAGCUGGUCAUCACCGAGGAGGUGGCCAACGAGCAGCAGCAGAUGAACUCGCCGCCCCUCCACUCGCUGAGGAACCCCGCCUCCAAGGACGAGCACUCGAUCCCCGUCGGCGACCUGUCCUACGCCAACCUGUUCCAGGAUGUCCGCGAGGCCAUGGACCUCGUGCACAACGAUGGCAGUCUAAAGACCAAGGUGUUGGAUGACAUGCCCAGAUACAUCAAGAAGACCAACUGUCAUGUAUUCUUUGAUCGUUUGAGACAAGACAAGAAGAAGGUGUUCCUCCUAACAAACAGCGAGUACUACUACACCAACAAGGUCAUGUCCUAUCUCCUCAAUGACACCAAUCCAAACUACAAGAGUUGGAGAGAUUUCUUUGACUUCAUCAUUGUUGGAGCGGAUAAGCCAAGAUUCUUCUCAGAGGGUACCACUAUUAGAGAGGUGGACAUUGCCACUGGCAACUUGAAGAUCACUAAUGUAAAGGACAGGUUCGAGCCUGGCAAGGUAUACCAUGGUGGUUCACUGUCCCUGGUUCAGAAGUUGACAGGUGUGAAGGGCAACCGCGUGUUGUACACUGGUGAUCACAUCUUUGCCGACAUUAUCAAGUCCAAGAAGACGCACGGUUGGAGGAACCUCCUGAUCGUGCCCGAGUUGCAGCACGAGAUCGAAGUGUUUGAGGAGCAGAAGCAGACCGUCAACCACUUGAUGAACCUCGAGUUCAUCAGAGCCGAGAUCUACCGUGGUCUGGACUCUGAGUGCACGACACCACCCGACAUCAAUGUGUUGCACCAGCACAUCAAGCAGGCGUCCAAGAAGUUGAACGAUUCGUACAACAAGUACUUUGGCAGUUUGUUCAAGUCUGGCUCCAACUCAACAUUCUUUGCCAUGCAAGUUCAGCGCUAUGCUGACCUCUACGCCAGUGACUACCUCAACCUCUUGAACUACCCUCUCUUCUACACCUUCAGUGCCAACACCUACGCCAUGCCCCAUGAGAACCUCACUGGUGCCUCAAUCGAUAAGAUGGCAAACUAA